AUGGCCUCAUCUAUUUCUCAAGCAGAAGGUCUUUCACUUGGUGGUUUUGAACACCAUGAGAUUCCAGUACCAGUAGUUGGCCCGGAGAGUGUGGCGUUUGAUUGUAGCGGAGCAGUCUAUGCAGGGGUUGCCGAUGGAAGGAUCUUCAAAUGGCUAGGGAGCCAAUAUGGAUGGAGCGAGUUUGCCACAACUUCCCCAUCUAGGCCGAGAGGAUUGUGUGACGGUUCUACCAAUAAAGACAAUGAACCAAUUUGUGGGAGACCUCUAGGCCUUAGGUUUGACCUAAAAACAUGUGAGCUUUAUAUAGCCGAUGCCUAUUUCGGCCUCUUAAAGACGGGGCCUAACGGCGGCGUUGCACAAACGCUUGCAACUGAAGUAAAUGGAACCCCUUUCAGGUUUACAAAUGAUGUGGAUAUUAAUCCACAAACCGGAAUGGUGUAUUUCACAGAUUCCAGCACAAUUUAUCAAAGACGGCAAUGA